AUGGGAAAGAGCAUAUUAAAACCAGGACAGGUACGAGCGCUGGUAAAGUUUAUUGGAACCACAAAGGUGGAUACUGGGAAAUAUGUGCCGCUGGGAAAUGAGAAAAUGGACUCAGCCCUGGAAAAGGUGUUUGGGCAGCUGGGUCUAAGACGGGUGCGACCGAGCCCAGUUGCUGAGGUUGCAAAGUUCGAGACAAUCUCGCACGAGUACGAGCCAAUACAGAAAGUGCCGUGGUUCCGCUUCGACCCUAAAAAAUACCAAAUAUCGCAACAGGAUCUCGACAAUGCGCCGGCACAGGUGCCCGACUCACCACUCGGAUACGUGACCAAAGACACCCCUUUUGCUGCAAAUUACAAGGAACUCAGGGGCGUUCAGGCGUCGUUGUACUCGAUCGGCAUGGACACGCGCAUUGGACACAUCAGACCGGCCUAUAAGUGCGAAUUCUUUACAUUGACGUUCUAUCCAGAGUCAUAUUAUAUGGGCCAGAUACGCAAGUCACGGCCGGGCGUGAUGCUUCAGUACGACAACAGCACGUUCCUCAAUACGCCCGCGUCGCGCAGAGUGAAAAUUGGCAAGACACUGAGCAAAGACGCGGCAAAUUACUAUCCGUUUAUUCUAUCCGUGCACCGCACAAAGACCUCGAAGUUCUACCGUAAAACGUUCUUCGAGCAUUUCACAGCCAACAACAUGAUAGAGCAAUGGGACGGGCUGUACCGCUUCCAGCUGUACGUGCGUCCUGUGCUGAACACUGACUUUGAAAACCUCGAAUUCCAUAUCCAGAAGAGUCUGGAGUACGUGCGUCGCCACCGCGCAGCUCCCGAGCCCAAGGCCCGUAUGGACUGGAAAAAAAUCAACGGCGUGUCCAAAGUGUACGGACUGCCACCUUUGGUCCGGCAAAAGUGA